UACUUGGUGGUAUUUUGGGUUGCAUACUAUCCAUUUAAGUAUUAUUAAUAACUGAUUAUUUGAUUGAAUAUUAAUGCAUUAUUAAGCAUUUAUUUCUUUUUCGCAAUUACUUAAUGCACUAGCCCUUUCGUACUAUUACGUUUAUAAUCGUUUAUUUCAAAAAGGCUAUGCAACUGACAUUGAUUAGAUACCGAGUGCAUUGAAAUUGGGAUUGAGAGGUACCUGCAUUAGUGUGGUGGAAAAACAUGGACAUAGAAUCGGACGAAGAAAAUGUGAUAGAAGAGGAUUUUUACUCCUUUUUAAACGUUUCAAAAGAGGCUAGCAGAGAAGAAAUUAAUAAUGCUUAUCGUCGCCUUAGCCGAAUGUAUCAUCCUGAUAAGCAUGUGGAUCCAGAACUUAAGAGUAAAGCGGAAGUUUUAUUCAAUAAAACCAAAAAGGCUUAUGAAGUCUUGUCUGAUCCCCACAGACGAGCUAUUUAUGAUUCCUUGGGCAUGAAAGGAUUGGAAACGGAAGGAUGGGAAAUUGUGCAAAGGACUAAGACUCCAGCUGAGAUCAGAGCUGAAUAUGAACAACUGGCAGAGGAAAGAGCUGAAAGACGAAAACAGCAAAGAACAAAUCCUAAUGGGAAUAUUACAGUGGCUAUUAAUGCUACAGACUUGUUUAAUCCAUAUGAUGACGAAUUAUUUGAUGAUGAAUUUGAACCGGAUCUUUUACAAAGGUUUCCUAAUAUUGAAGUUUCUUCAAUGCAGUUCUCACAGUCAGUUGAUUUUCCUUUAACUCAGAAGGACACUUGUACAUUAUCAGGACAGUUACAGACGCAGAAUGGGACAGGAGGUGGUGGUGUAAACCUUAGUUGGAGGCAUAUUUAUUCCCAUAAAAGUUGGGCUGAGGUGGAAUUAGCUGCUGGUAGUGGACCAUCAGUAUCAUUUAAAGGUUUUAGAACUUUAACAAAAAGAUUUUUUUGGAAUGGGGGUGCAGUUUUACAGUUUACACCUGAAGGGAUUCGACCUGGAGUCAUGUCAACUCUAGCAAUGCAAAUUGAUAAACACUCAGUAGGAUAUUUGACUUACCAAGGUGGAAUUCGGUCAAUAGUUUCAACGUCCAUUGUUAGAGAUACAGAAUUCAACCAUUACAAUUUAUCUAUUCAAGUGGGACUUCCACACUCAUACAUUUCCCUGAAUUAUACCAGAAAAAUGUUAAGUCAGGAACUUAAAUUAAAAUUAUCUGUAAAAGCUGGUACAUUUGGUGGUGUGGUGGAAUAUGGAGCUGAGAAAAAAGUAUCAAAACAUAGCAAUUUAUCUUUUGCUGUAACAGUUGGUGUUCCCUCAGGAGUUAAAUUAAAGAUUAGGUUGACAAGGGCAAAUCAAGUUUACAAUUUUCCUAUUCAUUUGUGUGAGGAGGUUAUGCCAUCGCCUAUAUUUUAUGCAACAGUGGUGCCCUUAAUAGUUUAUGUAGUAGUUAAGAAAGGCUUUGUGGAACCAUUUCUUAAAGAACAAAAAGCGAAAAAGGUUGAAAAACAGAAGCAAAAUAAUUUUAAUAAACUCUUAGAAAAAAGAAAAGAAGCUCAAGCAGCCCAAGACUUAAUGACAGCUACAUAUACAAGGAUUAAAGAAGCUGAAGAAAACAAAAAAGGUCUCGUCAUAAUUAAGGCGAUUUACGGGAAAAUUUCAACAGACCCUAAUGAAACUGGCGAUCAUGAGAUAUCCAACGAAGUUAUAGAUGUAACAAUCCCAAUCCAGUGUAUAGUUAAAGAUAGUAAACUUACGAUGCAUGAACAUACAAAGAGUCAAUUGCCAGGAUUUUUUGAUCCCGCUAUAGGAGAAGACAAGAUGUUGCACAUAAUUUACAACUAUCGAGAACAGCCUUAUGAAGUCACCAUAAAAGACAAUGAGUCUUUAAGGUUGCCUAAAAAUUCUCAUCGUGUGAAUGUAACAUAGUGAAGGAGUAAAAUAAACUAGUUAUUUUAGAAGGAAGAAAUUGUGAUAAAGUUUAAGUCAUCAGCUUAGUUGGUACAUAGUUUGUAACUAUAAUUUUGUACCAAUGAUGUGUUCAAGUUGUUUUAAGUCGAGUACUGCUGGUUUUAAACUUUUACAAGCGCAAAAUUGUUACAUAGUCUUGUUAAUUUAACAAAAUAAAUUGUUAUAAACA